AUGUUACGCCUGGAAGAGAACAUGAAACUUGCCACAGAGGCUGUCGUCAGAAAAAAAACAGGCAUUAAACAACUUGAAUUUAUGGUAAAGAUGAAAACUAUGGCAAAGAUUCAAAUUAUAACAACAGAAAGUGAUAUUUUCGAAAACGGGUACCUACCCGUUAAACAAAGAUGUUCAUCAUCAUCAAAGAUGUUCGCUGACUACAAAUUCAUAGCCGCUGACAAAGAACCAAAUGAGAAUAUUGAACCUCAAGUUCGAUCCUUCAUCUAA